AUGUUUAGGCAGCUGAUUCCAACGCGCGCCUCUCCUCUCCGAAAAACGCACCUGCUCUCCCCACCGCCAGCCCACGACUCGGGCGUUCCUCCCGCCCCGCUCCCCGCUCCGCCGGCGGCCCCACACCACCGGGCAGGCCCCCGCCGCCACGGCUGGGAAAGGGUCCCGGCGCCCAAGGCCCCCACUGACCCCACACCUGCCAGCGCGGGGCCGCUAGAAGAAGUAUCUGGCGAAGGAGACCUUUACAGCAUUAUAGAUAUUGCAUAUAACCCAGAUGUUCUUCAGAGGGGAGAAGAAAACCCAGAAAAAAUGGAACACUUGAUCCAUUUGACACUUAAAUUUGUUGAGGAACGAUGCAACCUUAUUCUUUCUCAUUUGUACACCAUUGAAUCAUUCAAAUUGAAAGGAAGCCUGGAAAUGAUGCAGCAACGGCUGAAAGGAAGGCGGAUGCCGACUCCACAUCUCACUCAGAACACAAAGAAGGAACUGACACUUGAUCAGCUGCUACACACUACGGGAGCCGAGGACUGCAGCAAUGCUCCUGUGCUGCUGAAGGAAGAAAGUGUGACACAGUCUAAAGUCCAUCUGAUAGAAGAAAUUACCAGUACUGAAAUGCCAGAGAAGCUAAGUACCCCUGUCUAUGAAAUUAUCACCAUGAAGGACGCAAACAAGAAACCACUCAAAAUUGAACUCAGAAUUGAAUUGCCUAAGGUUAGCUCCGUUUCUGAGUGUGAUCUGAGAAUUUCAAAGGAUGACAUAAUCAUUGAAGUCCCUGAAAAAUACAAAUUACAACUCGAUCUGCCAGAAUUGGUGGAUGAAGAAACAACUACAGCAGUAUUCAACAAAGGAAAACGGGUAUUGUUUAUCACAGUGCCAGUUGCCACGCCAGAUCCUUAGAGACGGCAUUCUGUCCACUUCAUGUUGACAGAUGACAGAACAAAACAAAAGCCCAGAAUGAGACUCCUAACUUUUAGAUGGUGAUGAGGUUGGUUGGGUUUUUUUUAUUGACCUUCUAACCUUCAGGGGUGAAUACCUCAAAUACCUUUAGAAGAUGCAUGUAGAAAAGGAAGUCUGGAGGAAUACUAGCACCGCCAAACUUAGGAAAAAAAUAAGUGAAGAUUGUAAAUAUUCAAGGAGUAGUUGAAUAUGUUAACAGCUGUAGUAAAGAACCAUAAAUGCAUACAUGCUUUACUACAUCAUUCAUUUUGCCUUAAGGUAUAGCAGUAACAGUUGUGAAGUCUUUCUGCUAAAUAAAUUGAUUACUGGAUUCACACGGUUGGAGCAGCUCUCACAUGUAUUUAAUGCUGGAACAACCAGCAGAGGUACGUCAUAGGCAGUUCUGCAAGUUGCCCUGCAUGCUCUGUUGCUGUUCUCUUGAGGACAAUCCCUGCUGAUCUUAACUAGAAUAGGCUUUGUAGUCUUUUCAGUCACUGAAUAUGCUUGACCUCACUUCUUACCAGUUUGGCAAUCUCUGAAUGAGACCAUAAAACAACAGACCUACUCUGUACUAUUCAAAACAGCAUAUAGAGAUUCAAAGCUCAGGAAUGCUUAGUGUGAGGCUAGCAACCAAAAACAAUCUUGGAGCACUUCAACUAGGAAAACCAUCUGCAUUAGUUUACACUAAAACACAAAAUACAAAGUAAUACAAAGCAACACAAAACGACUUCAAGGAUUACUAAGCAUUACUAGAAUUAAUUGGGAAAGGGACAAACAAAUGUUUAAGUGAUCUUAGUUUCAUGAUUGAUUCAGUAGUAUGUCAUUCUUACAGCUUCUAUGACACAUUUGCACUACAACCAUGUUGCUGUACCGAUAUUCAUUGGAUCAGAAAUGGAAACAGACAAAUUGGUUUUGAGUUGCAACUUUAAAAUACAGGCUUACAAAAGAGCAGUAACUCCUAGCUUUCCCCCUUCUUUGUUUCAAAGCGACUUAGAAGGCUGCACUGAAGUACUGUUCAGUGGUUAUAGUUGCAAGUUCAAGCUGAAAUUCUAUUGCUGCAUGAACUGAGCUGGCCUGUUGCAGGAUGUGAGCAAUACCAGAAGUCACUAUCAGCACUCCAAGCACAACACACUGGAUAGGAUUUUUUGAGUUGCAAGUGUUCCACAGUCUGACAGUCAUUCAGAGAGCGUUUCUGUAGGAUAAAGUAUUUAGUGUUCUUGCUGCAGGAAGAAAGUGAAAGGUCUCUGUAGCCAGAAUUUGAGGUUCUGGUGAACACUGCAUCAAGCACGCCAGGAAGAUUUAAAGUUCACUGCUGCAUGAUAGUAAUAAAGCAUGUAUUAUUUUGGAACAUUUGUGAUUACAAUUUAAGGUUAAUAGGGUGAGUUUCACUAUCGGACUGAAAGGCUAAACAGCUCUUGAUUGUGCUAUAGCAGUACAGUAAGCCACACACGACUGAACAGAAAAGCACUGGAACAUGUUUUAGUAGUUGUCAAUUCCAAACAUUUAAUAGAACGUCGGUUCACUAGAGCAAGUCUGGAACCAAGAUAUUUUAGAUCACUAAAGAAAACCCAAAACCUUAAUGCACUUCUUUGCUUAAGCCAGGCAUGAAAACCAGGUAUCACAGCAACCAGACAUUAAAUAGUUCCCACAAAAAUAUUUAAUUUCCCACAGUAUUUUCUUUCAAUAUCUUUAGUGAAUUUUGAAGAACUUUACAGGAGACAGUACUUAAUGCGAUAUACAGAACAACAGAUCAGCUUUAACUUUUUCUUUCUUUUUUCUAAACUUAUCCCCCCCUAUUUAAUUCUCCUGGUCACUUUGUAAUUACUACACAGUCAUCCUUUUUACAUUAUCAUUUCCAUGUGGAAAGUGGAAUUUAAGAAUGUUCAGCACUGCACCCCUUUGAGGAUACAAUGACUGGGGUAACUGGACACAAGUCCAACAAACAAUGGAAACAUUUUACAUACAAUAUAUACAUGGAUAGCACAUUCUGCAGCUUACUGAGGCUGGGAAAACA